ACACUACGUUGCCCAACCAAUUCUUAACUAUCGAUAGCUAAAAAAAAGAGAUUUCUCGGAUUAGAUGAGGUACCAACGAAAAAAUUAUUAGUCAAGUGCCCCCGCAGAGAAGUAGAGCCAACCAACAGCCCGCAGAACAGUCCAGUCCAGUCGGGUCCACUCCACGCCAGUCGAGUCAGCGGAGCAGCCAGGGAAUCCGGGAGUGCAGAAGGCAGAAGGAGGAGGUGGAGGAGAGCCAAGAGCCACGAAGUGGGAAGUGGGAAGAAGCAACUAGAUAGCCAUCAUGUCCUGGACGGAGAAAGUCGACCCCGAGCUGAUCUUCACCAAGCAGGAGCGCAUCGGCAAGGGCUCCUUCGGCGAGGUGUUCAAGGGCAUCGACAAUCGCACCCAGCAGGUGGUGGCCAUCAAGAUCAUCGAUCUGGAGGAGGCCGAGGAUGAGAUCGACGACAUUCAGCAGGAGAUCAUGGUGCUGUCGCAGUGCGACUCGCCGUACGUGACCAAGUACUAUGGCAGCUUCCUCAAGGGCACCAAGCUGUGGAUCAUCAUGGAGUACCUGGGCGGUGGAUCCGCCCUGGACCUCAUGAAGGCCGGCUCCUUCGAGGAGAUGCACAUCGGCAUCAUAUUGCGCGAGGUGCUUAAGGGCCUGGAUUACCUGCACUCGGAGCGCAAGCUGCAUCGCGACAUCAAGGCGGCCAAUGUGCUGUUGAGCGAGCAGGGCGACGUCAAGCUGGCGGACUUUGGAGUUGCCGGCCAGCUGACCAACACCACAUCCAAGAGGAACACCUUCGUGGGCACACCCUUUUGGAUGGCCCCCGAGGUUAUCAAACAGUCGCAGUACGAUGCCAAGGCGGACAUCUGGUCGCUGGGCAUUACGGCCAUCGAGCUGGCCAAGGGCGAGCCGCCCAACUCGGAGCUGCAUCCGAUGCGUGUGCUCUUCCUCAUCCCCAAGAACAAUCCGCCCCAGCUGACGGGCAACUACACCAAGUCGUUCAAGGACUUUGUGGAGGCCUGUCUGAACAAGGAUCCGGAGAACAGGCCCACGGCCAAGGAGCUGCUCAAGUACCCGUUCAUCAAGAAGGCCAAGAAGAACGCCUACCUAAUCGACCUGAUCGAUCGCUUCAAGAAGUGGAAGGUGUCCAAGGGCGACGAGAGUGAGACGGAGUCGGAGAACUCCGACUCGGAUUCGGACGCCAAACAGGGAGGCAGCAGCCAGGAUGAGCCUUGGAUCAUGACCGUCAAGGGACUGCACAUCAACAGUGCCCCACGGGCGGGCGUCAACAGUUUUCAGCUGCAGGAGCACGAGCUGACCAUGCAGAAGCUGAUGCAGACCACACAUUCCCCAGCCGGCGGCGGCGGUGGUGGUCAGGCCCCGCCUGCCGCAUCCGCAUCAGCGUCCUCUGUGUCCGCCGUGGCGGCGUCAGCUUCCUCCGUGUCCGUCAUCACAGCCAGCGAGGCUGUUUCAUCCGCAUCCGCCCUGCCCCCACAGAACAGCCACGUCCACAACCACAACAACAUUAACAACAAUAACAUCAGCAAUUUGAGCAACAAGCACGCCACCAGCACCAUGCUGAAUGCAGCUCCACCGCCGAGCAACGUUACCAGCUCCUCGUCGGCCAACGAGCUGCAACAGAAGCGUUCCAGCUCCAAGCCGGAGCUGCGCCAGUCGCGUUCCUCCGCCCCCCUCGAUCAGGUCGAGGAUCGCCGCGCCUCUCUGGGCCUGCCCCUGCAGUCUUCGCUACCGUCUUUGUCGCCGGCCGAGCAACAGCAGCAGCGUCGCAGCAGCCAACGUGAAUCAUUCCAUGCAACAAACGCCGCACUGGCCGCCAGCAGCAGCAGCGGCAGCAGUAGCAACAACCACAGCCACGAGGAGCAUGUGGCCACCAACCAUGCCAGCCAUGUCAAGCACACUGGGGCGGGACAACGCCUAGUCCAGACGAACAGCGCCUGUCUGAACAACUUCCUCUUCCCCGUGCUGACCGACAUCCAGCGGAAGUACUCCGGCGGUGGAUCCGGAGGCGGCGGCGGAUCUGGAGGACGCAACCUGGGAGUGGGCAGCGACAUCGGCGACCUGAAGUCCGUGUUCGAACUGGCCGAACGCUCCAGCCCGGGAGUGAGCGACCUGUUUAUGAAGGAGCUGAUCCACAUGCUCGUUCCUGGUUAUUCGGAGACGCGCAUCAAUACGAUCAUGGACCGCGCCAUACGCAACCGCAAGUAGCUGGCGCAGUAGCCGUAGCCAAUUCCGAUUCCAAGCAAACCUACUUUACUAUAUACACAACAUUAUUAACGAGACCGAGACAAACAAAAAAACAAGAAACUGAAACGCUGGAGCGAAACAUAUUCCGACAUUUAGUGGCCAACGGAGGAGCGGGAGCGAUGUACAUGUAUUUCAAUUGAACAGUUAUUUAAGCAUACAAUAUGUAUUCGUUUGUUUAUCUGCAAUAUUAAUCUAAUGUAAAACAUAUAUAACUUCAGAAUAAAAAACCCACAAAAAUCAA